UCCUCCUCCGAUCCCCGUUGGGCGUCGGCGCAACCAGCAGUAGCCGUUGCUGUGCGGCGGCGUUCCCCCUCGCAUCCUCCUCCUCCUACAAAUAGUCGCCGGCGGCCGAACCCUAAACCCCACAGCGCAAUCGCGCAUCUCCUUUCUCUCUCCCGGCCCUCCUCGAUCUCCGCCUCCCCACACCGAUCUCUAGCGAUCGGGGAGACCACGAGAUCGAGAACCGCACGCCCUUCUCUCGCCCUCUUCUUUGCGUUUCCGUUCGUAUUCAAUUAACGUGCGAUUAAUCCGUGUGUUUUUUUCCAGUUCCAUUAAUUCCUCUGUUUGCUGCUAUUAUUACUGUAUUUUCUUGUUGUUGUUCUGUUUCUGCUAACCAUGGACGCAGGCUCCCGCUCGAUCUCAUCUGAGAAUAGCCGCGCGGCGGCGGCGGCGCGGCUGCCGCUCCAGGAGGCCGGCUCCCGGCCCUACAUGCCGCCGCUGAGCUCGGGGUCGCGCAACCCGUCGGCCAAGUGCUACGGCGACAGGUUCAUCCCGGACAGGUCGGCGAUGGACAUGGACGUGGCGCACUACCUGCUAACGGAGCCCAGGAAGGACAAGGAGAACGCGGCGGCGUCACCGUCCAAGGAGGCGUACCGGAGGCUGCUCGCCGAGAAGCUGCUCAACAACCGGACGCGGAUCCUCGCCUUCAGGAACAAACCGCCGGAACCGGAGAACGUCGCGGCUGCCGACGCGGCUUCCUCCCACAACGCCAGGCCGGCCAAGCAGCGGCGCCACAUUCCCCAGUCUGCGGAGAGGACUCUGGACGCACCGGAACUCGUUGAUGACUACUACCUCAACCUGCUCGACUGGGGGAGCAAUAACGUGCUGUCCAUUGCUCUGGGCGACACGGUGUACCUGUGGGACGCCUCGAGCGGAUCCACUUCUGAGCUGGUGACCGUCAACGAGGACAGCGGCCCCAUCACCAGUGUCAGCUGGGCUCCUGACGGCCGGCACAUUGCCGUUGGCCUCAACUCGUCUGACGUCCAGCUCUGGGACACCAGCUCUAACCGACUGUUGAGAACACUCAGAGGUGUGCAUGAGGCAAGAGUUGGAUCAUUGGCAUGGAACAACAGCAUCCUGACGACCGGUAGCAUGGAUGGCAAGAUCGUGAACAAUGACGUGAGGAUUAGGAACCAUGUCGUGCAGACAUACGAGGGGCACAGCCAGGAGGUGUGCGGGCUCAAGUGGUCUGGAUCAGGGCAGCAGCUGGCCAGCGGGGGGAACGACAACCUUCUGCACAUUUGGGAUGUGUCGAUGGCAUCCUCGAUGCCUUCGGCCGGCCGCAACCGGUGGCUGCACAGGCUCGGCGAUCACAUGGCCGCUGUGAUGGCAUCCUCGAUGCCUUCGGCCGGCCGCAACCGGUGGCUGCACAGGCUCGGCGAUCACAUGGCCGCUGUGAAGGCACUGGCGUGGUGCCCAUUCCAGAGCAACUUGCUGGCAACUGGUGGUGGUGGCAGCGAUCGGUGCAUCAAGUUCUGGAACACGCACACCGGUGCAUGUCUGAACUCUGUUGACACUGGUUCACAGGUUUGCUCCCUUCUCUGGAACAAGAAUGAGAGAGAGCUGCUGAGUUCACACGGAUUCACACAGAACCAACUAACCUUGUGGAAGUACCCAUCAAUGGUGAAGAUGGCCGAACUCACUGGCCAUACCUCUCGUGUCCUUUUCAUGGCUCAGAGCCCUGAUGGUUGCACAGUAGCCUCAGCAGCUGCGGACGAGACCCUCCGGUUCUGGAAUGUGUUUGGAACCCCUGAAGCGCCCAAGCCUGCAGCCAAGGCUUCCCACACUGGCAUGUUCAACAGCUUCAACCAUAUCCGAUAGGAUGAGUUCUGAGAACAAGCUCUUCUAUUGGACAUGGUCUUGCAUCAUAUGCUAGAUCGACUCUUAUUGAUGAGAUCUACCCACCUUGGCUAAGCAGGUAGCGUGAAGGAGAAAAUUUCUAAUCCAUCAUUACGGCAGUGCCCAAUUUCUCAGUUGUUAACACAAAAGUUGAGGUCAUCUUAGGUAAGAGACUGAACCUAGAACUUUUGUUUGGUUAUCUUUCAGUAGGAAGGUCAAUGUCAAUGACAGAGUUGGCUUCAUCAUCAACUAGAUGAUAUCUGCAACGUCACCAAAACAUGGAAACCAGAGCAGCCUCUGCGAUUGAAUUGUACAGGAUUAUGAGUAUACCGGUCAUUAGUACUGUUCCAUGUACAUCAAAGUACGUGUGUUCUUUCCAUUUGGAUGCAGCGCAUCAAAGCCUGUUUGAUGCGGCA